AUGGGUAACAUUUGUGAGCCUUAUUGUGCAUGCAACUGCAAUUGCGAAAACUAAAAAAUACUAAAAGAUUGCUAAGAAGGUUGUGGUAACUGUUUAUAAUGCGAAGAUUGCCACCAAUGCACGGAAUGUGAUCCUAGAAUGAUGAAUCCUUGCUUGAUCAGAGAAACUUCAAAUAAGGAAUUAAUGAUUGUAUUAAAAGAAUUUGACUUUAAAGGAGAAGCAGAAGAUAAAUGGUAUGGGGAUGUUUAAAUACUUGAGCAUAAGAUAUAAAAAGAAAUAGUUGUUCUUAAAAUAGUUGAAAGUAGCUCUGAAACAGAAGCAGAGUAAGUUCAGUAAUAGUUUAUAAGAAGAAUUAAGCUUAACCAUGAACACAUUGUUCGUUUGAGAUAUAUUGUUCAUAAGGCAGUAGAUGCAUUCUGUUCUGUUAUCUACAAAAGUUAUUUAUUUUUCGAUUAUUUGCUUACUGAUUUAGCCACAGACUUAAAAAAUCGCAACAAGAAGGGAUUGUAUUUCUCUGAAGAUGAAAUUUGGAAUAUGGCAUAUUGUUUGAUAAAUGGCAUGAAAUAUUUGUAUAGUGUUAAUAUUACUCAUGGAUGUGUAAGAAGUAAAAAUGUUUAUAUCACUUAAUAUGGUUCUUUUAAAGUAGCAGAUCCUGGUCUUUUUAACUAUGAAGUUAACUAUGACAUUGUCUUCAAUAAUCAAGAUAACAAUCAUAAAGGUAUUAUUCUGUCACCUGCUCAAGUUCAUGGUUUAGAAAGGCAUAUCGAAACUCCUAUUCAUGACUAAUAAAAAUCUGAUGUUUUUUGUAUUGGAAUGGUUAUACUUGAAGCUGCUAGCUUAUUAAGUGCAGACUCCUGCUUUGAUUACUAUCAUGCAUGGGUUUUAGAAGAUAAAAUUCAAGAUAGAUUGAAUGAAAUUAAAUCUAAGUACCACGACUCUUUAUAUUAUAUGCUUAAAGAGAUGCUAACGAUUAAUGAAAUUCAAAGACCUAAUUUCCAAACUCUUUUUGAAAAAAAUUAAAGAAAUCCAAAGUUUAAAACUAUUUUGAAUCAUAAUUAUUAAGCUUAAGCGUAAUUCCAAAUCUAAAAUCCUGACUAAAGCGAUACAGCUUCUGUCUUGAAUCAAAGUUAUAUGACUCACAAGCCUGCUCCUUAAGUAUUAAACAGUGUAAAACCAAACAAUUUAAAUUUGGUGGCAAGUAAACCUUUUGAUAAUUUUUCUAUUAUCGAUGGAAUAGGAGCUGCAGACGAUGCUCCAAACUUUGGUAUUUCUUAACAUUAAAAUGCAAACCAAGGCAUUGAUAUAUUAGGACUAGGAGGUAAUUCAAACUUUAAUUUAAAUAGCAACAAUAACCUCUUAGGUUAGUUUUCAAUGCCUCCUCCAAUGAUGGGAUUAGGAUUUUCAAGCGCAGGAGUUGGUAAUUAUCUAUCAGGUACAUCAGGUUUAGAUUUUACUUCUAGUAUGGCAGGAACAAAAUUAGGAAGGGAAAAAAUUAGUGAAAAUUAUAAAAAUGGUUCAAGAUAUGAAGGAGAAGUGAGAAAUGGAGUUAGAGAUGGAAAGGGUAAAUAUUAUUAUAACAAUGGCGGCUAUUAUGAAGGUUCCUGGAAGGAUGGAAAGAUGAAUGGUUAAGGCACUUUGUAUUUCCCAGACGGUUCUACUGCUUAUGAUGGUAGCUGGAGAGAUGAUUAAUUUCAUGGUUAUGGUACACUUUAUAAUAACUCUGUUUAGCCACACUAAGGACCAUUUGAUUAUAAAAAUUUUAAUAAUUUGUAAGAAAAAUGGUUAAAAUAUGAGGGUGACUUUAAGAGUGAUUAAAAAGAGGGAUUUGGUACUCUUUUUGUUUCUAAUGGAGAAAGAUAUGUAGGUGGAUUUAAAUAAGAUAAAAUUCAUGGUUAAGGCACUUUUUACACAUAAUCUAAUUAAGUUAUAAAAGGAAGAUGGGCUAAUAAUUUUAUGUCUUGA